AUGGCACUGCGCACCGGUAGGACUUGGUUUGGGCAGGUCUUGCGCAGGGUCUUUCGGCUGCAGGGCUUCUGGUCCAGGCGAUCGAGCAGUCUCUUGUGUCUCUCCGCAAAUCAGGAGCAGGAUCUGGGGGUCUGUCACCGGGAUCACCACAAGGCGGGGGAUUUCCACCGCUGCUCCGACUCCGGCGUCCACCGCGGCCACCGUCACCGGAGCGCACCUUUCUGCGCCUCCGCUUCCAGGCGCUGUCCACACGGCUUUCCCCACGCUUGCUGCGCCUUCCCGGGGAAUCCGAGGGGACAUGAGCCCCUCGGUCGCCGGUUCCUGUUGGCCAUGAAGCGGCAAAACGUGCGGACCUUGUCCCUGAUCAUUUGCACGUUUACAUACCUGCUCGUCGGGGCCGCCGUCUUUGACGCCCUGGAGUCCGACUUCGAGAUGCGGGAAAAAGAGCAACUGGAAGCAGAGGAGAAGCGUCUCCAGGGGAAAUAUAACAUCAGCGAGGAUGAUUACCGCAAACUGGAGACCAUCAUCAUGGAGGCAGAGCCCCACAGAGCCGGGGUGCAGUGGAAAUUCGCAGGGUCAUUUUACUUUGCCAUCACGGUUAUAACCACCAUAGGCUAUGGGCAUGCAGCGCCGGGGACCGAUGCAGGGAAGGCCUUUUGCAUGUUUUAUGCUGUCUUGGGAAUCCCUUUGACUCUUGUCAUGUUCCAAAGUCUGGGUGAGAGGAUGAACACUUUUGUCAAGUACCUCCUGAAGCGUAUCAAGAAGUGCUGCGGCAUGAGCAUCAUCGACGUGUCCAUGGAGAACAUGGUGACCGUAGGAUUCUUCUCCUGCGUCGGCACGCUGUGCAUCGGGGCCGCUGCCUUCUCCCACUACGAGGACUGGAGUUUCUUCCAGUCCUAUUAUUACUGCUUCAUCACAUUAACAACUAUAGGCUUUGGGGACUUUGUGGCCCUUCAAAAGAACCGGGCUCUCCAGAAGAAGCCCCUGUAUGUGGCCUUUAGCUUCAUGUAUAUCCUGGUGGGCCUAACUGUCAUCGGGGCCUUCCUCAACCUGGUGGUGCUCCGCUUCCUGACUAUGAACAGCGAGGAUGAGAGGCGGGAUGCCGAGGAACGGGCCUCACUAGCUGGCAACCGGAACAGCAUGAUCAUCCAUAUCCAGGACGAAUCACUGCCGCGGGGCCGGCGGAGGCGCGAGCCAUACCGGGCGGAUGUGACUGAUUUGCAGUCAGUCUGCUCCUGUAUGCACUACCACUCGCAUGACUUCGGCAGCUCUGGGGGAGGGAUGGGAGGCCUGGGCUGUGCCUUCUCCCAUCAGAACUCAUUCAGCUCGCAGCUGAAUCCCAAUCAGUACUUUCACUCGGUUUCCUACAGAAUCGAGGAGAUCUCGCCCAGCACCUUGAAAAACAGCUUCUUCCCCUCGCCCAUCAGCUCGGUGUCUCCUGGCCUUCACAGCUUCACAGACAAUCACCAGCUCAUGAGGAGAAGGAAAUCCAUCUAAGACCUAACACACACAGGACAAAAGUUUCCAUGUUUUAUAUACAAGGACAAACAUUUCCAAUGCUGCUCCUUACCAAAUUAUUUCAGCACUUUUUUUCCCUUUUUGGUUGUAUGUAAUAUAAAAAGUAUUCUUGGGAACAGAUGAAGAACACUACGCAGAACAGCAAGCGUGGCCACAAUGGGAUGCAAAGCAUGAAGCAUGGAUGUCUAUUUUUUCAAGAGAUUGCUCCAUUUACAGACCCUAUACAAACUACAAGACCUUCCUUAUUUCAGAUUUACGGUACAAAAUUGAUAUAUUAACUUUGGUCACAUACCAAAUGAUGCACACUUGGGGAAAUGCUAUUUUUCAAA